CACACACACGCACACAAGCAUCUUGUUCGGACGAGUAAAUACAUUUAUUGCAUUGCAUGCAUUUGUCAUUAUCUAGAGUGAGUUGGAGCUCGGCUUCUUGCACGUUUUUUCCAUCUCUAAUCUGAGUUCGAUUGGAUUUUAGAUUGAUUCGGAAGCUUGUGAGAGAUGUCGUCGGUGAAAUCAUCCGAGUAUUACUUGGAAGAUGGGGAGUAUGAGGCGGAAGACGGUGGCCCUGCGGCGGGCGGGGCCGGCAUAGAAGAAGAAGAAGAUGAUGAUUAUGAUGGGAUUGGUUCUGCCGAGGGUGGUGGAGGUUCCCGUUCUUCUUCUUUCGUUUCCCAGCAAUGGCCUCAGAGUUUCAGGGAAACAACUAAUAUUUUUUCAAUAGCCGCAUCGCCAAACAUCGCAUCGGUUCUUCGUGCAUCUGGUGUUGGUUUUUCAGGGAUCACCAGCCAGAAUUUAUUGGACUUGAAUAUGAGGAUGCCUUUGCUUUCAGAUCAUAAGAAGGGACCUUGGCAAGAUAACCUUGAUAGAUGGAGGACACAAUCGAUAAUGUCUGACAGGUCUGCAUUGCAGAAGCAGCAGACUGGAGAAUUACCUUUAAGCCAUGAAUGCAGCUUCGUUCAGACCAUAUUCAAUGGCGUUAAUGUUAUGGCCGGUGUUGGACUACUUUCUACACCAUAUUCAGUGAAAGAAGCUGGAUGGGCUAGUGUGCUGGUUCUUGCGUUCUUUGCAUGUAUCUGUUGUUACACUGCUACUCUUAUGAGAUAUUGCUUUGAAAGCAGAGAUGGAAUAUUGACGUUUGCUGAUAUGGGAGAAGCCGCUUUCGGCAAAUGGGGACGCAUUGUGGUUUCCGUCAUAUUAUACUCAGAACUCUAUACAUCUUGCGUGGAAUUCAUCAUCUUGGAGGGGGACAAUCUCACAAGGAUUUUUCCCGGAGCAUCAUUACAUAUAUUUGGCAUCGAACUGGACUCCAUGCACUUAUUCGGAAUAAUCACUGUUCUUAUCAUAUUACCAACUCUUUUGCUCAAAGAUUUGCGCUUGAUUUCUUACCUCUCAGCUAGCGGCGUUAUUGCAACACUUGUCAUCGUUCUAAGUCUAUUGUUUAUUGGUUCGGUGGAUGGAGUCGGAUUUCAUCAUAGUAGUAGACUGAUAAACUGGAGCGGCAUUCCCUUCUCCGUCGGCGUUUGCGGAUACUGCUACUCUGGCCACUCAGUUUUUCCAAAUAUUUACCAAUCAAUGGCUGAUAAGAGGAAAUUCACUAAAGCGCUAAUAAUAUGCUUCAUUAUAUGUGUUUUUAUUUACGGUAGCGCUGCAGUCAUGGGAUUUCUUAUGUUUGGUCAAGACACGAUGUCGCAGAUUACUCUGAAUUUACCGCAGAACAGAGUUAGUUCUAAAAUUGCAUUGUGGACAACAGUCAUCAACCCACUCUCCAAGUAUGCCCUGUUAAUGAACCCACUGGCCAGAAGCAUAGAGGAGCUGCUGCCUACUCGCUGGUCUAAUAAUUACUGGUGUCUUGUUCUUAUUCGGACACUUCUUACAUUAUCUUCUCUUUUGGUUGCAUUUGUUCUUCCUUUCUUCGGGAUCGUGAUGUCUCUCACCGGUUCUCUCUUAUGUGUUCUUAUGGCUGUAGUAAUACCAACAGUAUGCUUCUUGAAGAUAUUGGGAAAGAAUGCCUCUUCGAUGCAGAUUGUGCUGAGCAUCGGUAUCAUUACUCUGGGGGUGGUUAGCGCGGCCAUGGGAACUUACAACUCACUGCAGAAACUCUAUGAGAAGAUUUAAAUGAGAAGUUCGACAACUAUUAGUCGUUCCAGGUCCCUAGCGAUGACUUUAAUUUUCGGCUCUGAAGGGAUGGGCCUUCAACCUCUUUCAAUUGAGUACUUCAAUAUUCUUAUCAUUCGAUAUUUUUAUCAUAUUUUUGCGGCACAAAUGGGAGAAUUUAUCCUAUAAUCGAAAGAAGUGCUGAAACUACUAAGAAAAACCCUUGUAGGGUUGAUAUUAACGAGCUUUAUUUAUGGUAAACUCAUAAAUUUUUUGCUAUAUUUAUUUAUUCAUGCAAAGUG